AUGUCGGGCUCCAACACCAUCAAAGUGGUGGCGCGUUUCCGUCCGCAGAACAAGAUCGAGAUAGCCAGUGGUGGUGAGCCCAUUGUUGACUUCAAGUCGGACGACACAUGCUCGAUUCAAUCGAAAGAGGCCUCUGGGGCCUUCACCUUCGAUCGAGUCUUCGACAUGAGCUCGCGCCAGGUUGACGUGUUCGACUAUUCUAUUCGGCCGACCGUCGACGACAUUCUCAAUGGGUACAACGGCACAGUCUUCGCCUACGGCCAGACGGGUGCGGGCAAGUCAUAUACCAUGAUGGGAAGCGAUAUUGACGACGACGUCGGCAAGGGUGUCAUUCCGCGUAUCGUCGAACAGAUCUUUGCAAGCAUCCUAGCAUCUCCCGGCAACAUCGAAUACACCGUCCGGGUGAGCUACAUGGAGAUUUAUAUGGAGCGCAUUCGAGAUCUGCUCAUGCCACAGAACGACAAUUUGGCUGUGCACGAGGAGAAAAACAGGGGUGUAUACGUCAAGGGCUUGCUGGAAGUUUAUGUCUCGAGUGUAGAUGAGGUCUAUGAGGUCCUGCGAAGAGGUGGACAAUCAAGAGCGGUCUCAGCCACGAACAUGAAUGCAGAGUCAUCGCGUUCCCAUUCGAUCCUCGUCGUUACAGUUACUCAGAAGAACGUCGAAACAGGGUCGAUGAAGAGCGGACAGCUUUUCUUGGUCGAUCUGGCUGGUUCCGAGAAGGUUGGCAAGACGGGUGCUAGUGGUCAGACACUGGAGGAGGCAAAGAAGAUCAACAAGAGUCUGAGUGCGCUGGGCAUGGUCAUCAACUCCUUGACCGACUCAAAAGCCUCUCACGUUCCCUACCGAGACUCGAAACUUACCCGUAUCCUGCAAGAAUCGCUGGGAGGUAACUCCAGGACGACCCUGAUCAUCAACUGCUCGCCGAGUAGUUACAACGAUGUCGAAACGCUGAGCACCCUGCGAUUCGGUAUGCGAGCAAAGACUAUCAAGAACAAAGCCAAGGUCAACGCCGAACUCAGUCCCGCGGAGCUAAAGGCUAUGCUCAAGAAGGCGCAAAGUCAAAUCACGACAUUUGAAACCUACAUCGGCUCAUUAGAAGGCGAAGUUUCUCUUUGGCGUGGCGGAGAGUCGGUGCCAAAGGAGAAAUGGACACCUGCGAUUGAGGGUGGUGCGUCCACUACAAACAAGAGACCGGCUUCAGCAGCUCGGGCACAAACCCCAUCCCGAUUUGAUGCAACCAGGAAUUCGGAAACGCCUUCGAGACCAGACUCACGGAUGGAUCUUGACCGCGCAGGCACACCCAGCAUACCUUUGGAUAAAGACGAGAAAGACGAGUUCUUAAGGAGAGAGAACGAGCUUCAAGAUCAGGUCGCAGAGAGGGAGUCGCAGCUUGCCAAGGCCGAAGACCAGUUGAAGACCACUAAAGACGAGCUCCAGUACUACAAGGCCAAAGACGGCGAAUCGACCAAGGCCCACGAGAGGAUGACGACGGAGCUCAACGACCUCAAGAUGAUGGUUGAGAAGAUUCAGUUCGAAGGCAAAGAGGCCCAUAUCACUAUGGACGGACUGAAGGAGGCCAACUCGGAGCUUACCAUGGAGCUGGAUGAAGUCAAGCAACAGCUUCUAGACGCGAAGAUGAACGCCAAGGAGUCAAGUGCUGCCAUAGACGAAAAGAAGAAGAAGAAGGCCGAGGCGAUGGCACAGAUGAUGGCUGGCUUUGAUCUUGGUGAUGAAGUAUUUAGCGACAACGAACGCAGCAUCCGCAAGAUCAUCGAACAACUUGAUCAGCUACACGAGAUGAGUUCAGCUGGAGAAGCAAUUGCUCCAGACUCUCUACAGGAACUCAGGGAGAAGAUAGUGGAAACCCAAGGCAUUGUUCGACAGGCGGAGCUCUCGCUUACAGCACGCAACGAAGAAGACAACGUCCACAACAAGCGACGCGAAGCCCUCGAAGCACGAACUGCGACACUGCAACGUUCGUACGAGGAGCUUCUCGAGAGCAACCUGUCCGAGGCAGACACCGAAGAGCUCAAGGCCCGUCUCGCAGAUGCUUACGCUGCUCGACAAGAUGGCAACGUAGAGCUCGUUGACGAUCUGAAAGCAGAUCUGGCUCGGAGAGUGGAGGAGAAUCAGAAAUUCAAGAACGAGAUCGAGGGCCUGCAGCAACGUAUCAAGAGCGGCGCGAUCGCCAACGGUGUCGCAAACGGCAUCAACGGCAAGUCUGUGCAACAACAGAUCGCCGAGUUCGACAACAUGAAGAAGAGCCUGAUGCGUGACCUGCAGAACAGGUGUGAGCGGGUCGUUGAGUUGGAGAUCUCCCUUGACGAGACACGAGAACAGUACAACAACGUACUUCGCACGUCCAACAAUCGCGCACAGCAGAAGAAGAUGAUGUUCCUCGAGCGCAACCUGGAGCAGCUCACUGUUGUGCAGAGGCAGCUCGUUGAGCAGAACAGCUCCCUGAAGAAGGAGGUUGCCAUUGCUGAGCGCAAGCUAAUUGCACGCAAUGAGCGCAUCCAGUCGUUGGAGAGCUUGCUGCAAGACAGCCAGGAGAAGCUGACAGCAGCAAACCACCGCUUCGAGUCGCAACUCACAGCUGUCAAGGAGCGUCUUGAAGCUGCGAAGGCCGGCUCAACACGAGGCCUUGGUUCGCCCAGCGCCGGUGCUUCAUUUGCCUUUGGCGGCGGUGUCGGCUCCAGGAUCGCAAAGCCUCUUCGUGGCGGAGGCGGAGACGGACCUUCGCUCCCCAUCAUCGGCAACCUUCAGAAGGACGGUGAAGCCGAGCCAAAGAACAAGCGCACGAGCUGGUUCUUCAAGCAGGGGUAG